CCUGUUUCAAUUGGAGUUUAGUUGAUUUUUUCUUCUUCUACAAAUUACCCUCUUCAUUUGGCAACGAAGCUCAAUUGUUUGUUUUUGUUACUAAGGAAACUAUGUUCUGUUAGGAGCGAGAUUUAUAUUUUUAAAAUGCCUUCUUUAGGUUAUUCUUUUGAAAAUUUCCAAAGAUUGGAAGAUUUCCCAUCUUACACUUCAGUUAUCCGAUGUUUUGGAAAACCUAUUAUUCCACCUUUGUUAACCAAUGAAGAGAGAAUAAAAAUUGCUGAGCUUCGAACAUCAGUUUCAUUAUUACAAGGGAAAAAGAGUUUAAAUUUGCCUAAGAAGCCUGCUAAUUUUUCUUGCUCACAUGCUGCAGCAGAAACUAGUAAAACACCACAUAACUUCUCUAACAAUAUCGACAUUUCAUGUGAGAAAUCUUGUAACCAAGACACCAGUGCUUCGAGCUUAAGUCCACAAAAAGUCCUUAAGACCACUGAAAAUGAGUUAUUUGUAUCCAUGAGUAAGAUUCCCUGCAAUGGUGUGUGUAGUACAGUUCAUGAUGGAGUAAUCGUUUGUCCCAAUGAAACUCCAGGAAAUAUUCAUUAUAGCAACAGUAAUGAGUUUGAAAGUAGCUCCAAUUCAGAAUAUUGGGAAUCAUGCAAUGAAAAUGGCUGUGAUUGCCAAGAGUGCCAAAUAAAAAUUGCUGACACUGAUGUGCCUUAUAAAAAUACAUCUUCAGAACAAAUGCAUCAUAGUGUUUCAGAUGAUGAUCAGGAAUCUGUAGCAGAAGAAGCUGAUUUUGAAUCUCUUCCUACAGUUAUUUAUAAUCGGAAGAUUCUACCCCAAGAUACAGAUUCUGAGAGUAUUGUUACUUGUAUGACGCAAAGUACAGACCUUGAUAAAUAUAUGGACUACUCCAUUGAAUAUUCCAGCCCUGAUGAUAAUGCAGGAAUGUGCCAACAUCAGUCAUCUACACAAAGAAGUGCUUCUUCUAGAUCUGAUGAUACUAGCACAGCAACUAUCGUCAAUACUGAAAGCGAGCUUACUCCUUGCGUGUCUGCUGUUGCAGAAUUGCCCAGUUGUUUGGAAAGUUUGAGUGAUAUUGCUGAUUCUUCCUCUAUAUUUGUACAUGAAAAUGCAGGAGCCACUUUUAAUGCAAACUGUAAAAAUCCCUCUAUUUCCAUGGGUGAAGACACAAGUUGUCGAGCAUAUUCGGUUGAUAGUUAUAUGAAAAUUCUCAAAACUUGUGCAAAGAACCUGUAUUUAAAAAAAUAUCAUAGUGAACCUUCACAUCCAAAUUCUAAACAAUCUCAUACUACUUCUGAGUGUCUAACAGAUCAGAUGAAUAAUUUGUCAGAAAAUGAAUCGGAAGUUUCUUUGCCUGAUGAAACAGUAGAAGACACUAAAGCCUUCUGUGAUGAAAAUUCUUUUGGAACAGAAAAUGUAUUUGUAGACGAUUCUGAGCAGACAUCUGGUGACGCUCAAAGAAAACUCAUCAGACGAAAUUCUUAUACUUUGUUACAGCCCUCAUCAGCAUUAAUUAUGGCUCAUGCUAGCUGUUCUUGUCAAGAAGAUUCUCUAAUGGAUGAUUCCCCACAUUCUUGUUCUUCAGCGCAUCAGAAUGAAAAUUCAAAUCCUGCAUUUAAAAAAGAGACUGUUGUUCUUGUUCUUCCUUCAACUUCAGACAGAGAAACAUUCUUGCCAAUUUUACACAAGGAAGAUCAAACAAAAGAUCUUGCAAUAAAUGAAUCCUUGUCACCAUCAGAUGUGAAUUUAAUUGAUACCGAGAAUUGCCAUUUUGAAACUGAGGGUAUGAAAUACUCCAGUGCAUCAGCAUCAAGUGCAGUUUUUAAAGAAGUUGAUAAAGAUUCUUCUAAUUUACCUCCAAAUAUAGUAGAGCCAUAUGCUGAAUAUGAAAACAAGGAAAAUGGAAACAGUAGUAAUGUUUCUGACAGUUUUCAUGAGAGUUCCUCCUUGAAUCAACAAAAUAUAGAAAAAAGCAAUGGAACAGAACUUUUGGCCAAGCUUUUGGGCGACUUGAGAGAAAAUCAACAGUUGGAAAUGAAACGUUUUAUUGAAGAACAAAAGAAGCACUUGUUGAGAAUACAGGAAGAAUUUCAAGAGCAAGAAAAAAUUCUAUUUGAAAACUUAAAAUCAGCUGGAGUGCCUGUAUUUGCAUCUAUCAACAGUUCAUCAUCACCUGCUGAUGACAUUGUUAACACACAAAUGGCAUCUUCUGAUUCAAAUUCAACCAAUUUAUCAUCUGAAACUGAGACAUUUCAAACAGUUAUUCAAAAUGAAAUUCAUCAAAAAAGUCCUCCAUCUACAUUGGCAGUCACUGAACAUGAUACUAUAUGUAAUCCCAUUUCUCAAGUUAAUGAUAUCUUAACUACCUCUAAAAGUAAUGAGGCAACUUAUUUGAACCAACAUCAAACUAAUGAAACAACUUAUUCUACUCAGCAUCAAACUAAUGAAGCAACAUAUUCAACUUCACAUCAAGUGAAUGAAGCAACUUAUUCAACUCCACAUCAAAUAAAUGAAGUAACUUAUUCAACGCAGCAUCAAACCAAUGAUGCUUUGUAUUCAACUCAGCAUCAAACCAAUGAAGCUGCUUAUUCAACUAAUCAUCGGAAAAUAGGAGAAAAGAAUGUUGUCCAAAACACAUUGUCGAAUUUCAAACAAAUUUGCAUUGAACCUCUUGGGAGUGAGUUAUACGAAACCGAUUACAAUUCAUGUGCUGCUAGUCAGCUUCCUACUUGCACAUUUGAAAAUAUUACCAACUUUCAUCAGGUUCCGGUUUCUACAUUUAUUAGGAAUGAUAUUGGAGAUAUGACUGCACCAAUUUGUAGUGCAAACUUAAGAAAUACCUGUACUAAAGAAAAAUAUUCUCCAAUUAAAUUAACUAACAAAAUUCAUUCUCCUAAACUGGUAAAUAAGCUUUCAACCCAAUCUACUAAGCAUCCUAGUACACAUUGCUCUGGUGGAGCAACUUAUAACUCCAGUAGACCACCUUAUAAUUCUGUCGGAGCAUGCGUUUCUAAUGAAAGCGUUAGGGUUAAGAAUAAUUUUGAAAAACGAGUCAACCAGCAUCCGGCAAGUAAUCUUGAAAUAAGUAAAAAUAAUGGCUUCCAAGUAAAUGAAGUUACAGGGGUUUGUAACAAAAUUAAAAGAAGUAAUGUUGAUUCUAAUAAUGUUACUUCAUCUGCAAGUGCUAGAUGUGAUGGCAGAAAUUCUUUAGAGCCAAGUUUGGGUUAUUCUAAUUCAAGCAAAAUGAACAUUAGUAACUGUGCCUCUGCUGACUUCUAUCCGCAAGCUUCGAAAAACAUCACUGUUCAAAAAUCUAUUAAUUCUAUUAAUCCACUUAUCUCGGUUAAAGCAAUGAAACUUGUCCCACCAUCUUUAACAAAUUUGAAGAGGAAGCAAAGUAAAAAUUUAAAUGAUCCAGAAAUGCUAAAAAGAUUUGAAAGGCUUCCAGCUCUUGUUAAAGGAUAUCUUACAAGACGGUUAUAUAAAACUGAAAGAGUGCAAAGAUUGAUUCAGACAAUGAAGGAAACUGCUAAGUUAGCACAAAAUCUCUCUGAAGAUUUGACACAAAAAGGUAAUACAAUUUCUGAGAGCGAUAUGGAUUUGUAUAACCAGCUAUUGGCUCAGUUGCUUUCAUCUUUUGAAGAUGUCUAUGAUAUUUUUUGUACAAUAAGUACGAAGGAAAGAAUGAAUAUUAUCGCAGAAUCUCGAGAGCUUUGGGUAAGAAAGAAAAAGGCAGAACAAUCGUCGGAAUCUUCUAACACCUCUUUGGUUAUGGAUAGACCUUUGUCAGUACCAGCACAUAAGCCAAAGGUUACGGCAGCAACUAUUAAAAGAAGAAAAAGAUCUCUGGUUGAUAGCAGAACCCAUGCAAUAUCUGAUUUUAGAGAGCAUCGAACAAGAGCUUGUUCAGUUUCAUCUUUAAAAUCUAAUUCAGUUUCUCCAUCUCGCAUUUAUCAAACAUCACUUGGUGUCAAUGUCAGCCGCAAAACUAAAAAAUGUAUGAAACCUUCUCAAACUCAGCAUUGGAAAUAAGGAAUGUCCUUGUAGAUCAAGUGCCUGUAAUGAAAAGAAUAUAAAACAUACUCUGUUCUAUUUUUUAAAUUGAAGCUAACACUCAAAAUGCAAUAAGUUGUAUUUUUCUCUUUGUGUUUUGUCUUCUAUUUUGUAUUGUUGUGUUAAACAAAGGGAAUCAAAUAUAUUUAUUUAACUCAAAUGUUUUAGAUACAUGUAAAUUUUGAGACUGUUUUACUGUUUGUGAGAUAAAUAAAAACUUUCUAUAUUA